UUCGGGCAGUCGGUAUAUCGGGAUAUCGGUGAUAAUAGACACCCCUUCCCGGAGUUAAAGGAUUCAAGCCGGAAGUCCGCAAACGCAGAACUAUAUUAAUGGCAAUAGAUUCCAUUGCUCUAGGUAUAAAUCCUCUCUCACACUAACCUUGGUUACAUCUAUACAACAUCAAAACGAUGGCUCCCAAGGUCCUCGCUCUCAUCACCGGCGCCAAUCAGGGCAUCGGCUUCGCCACCGCACGGCAGCUCGCCAGUUCAGAUGGAUUCCACGUGCUCGUCGGGGCGCGCUCGGCACAGAAGGCUGAGGCUGCAGUGAAGGAGCUGGAAUCAGUUGCCACAGACAAAUCAGCUCUCACCCCUAUCACCAUCGAUGUGACCGACGAUGCAUCCAUCGCCGCUGCCGCCCAAACCGUGUCAGAAGCGUUCGGACGGCUGGACAUCCUGAUCAACAAUGCAGGUAUCGCACAGGCGUCUGACACAACCCUGCGUGAGCAGUACCGCCAAAUCUUCGAGGUCAACGUAUUCGGUAUGGCGGUUGUCAUGGAUACUUUCCUCCCACUGCUUCGUGCGUCGACGUAUCCCGACCGCCGCAUCGUCAAUGUCACGUCCGGGCAGGGUCUAAUCAGCAGGGCGGGCAAGAAGGAUCACCCCGCUAGCGCCAAGACCUACUUCAUUCCCGACUACCGCAGCAGCAAAGCAGCAGUCAAUAUGAUCACGGUCGCAUACUCGGUAAAUCUGGCCGACGAAAAGAUCGCCGUCGUGGCGGCUGCCCCGGGCUACUGCCGCACAAAUCUCAACGGUGGCCAGGGAGUCAAGGAGGCAAGCGAUGGCGCCAAGGUCGUUGUGCGCGCUGCCACAGAGGGUGACCCAGAGAAGCUGAGUGGCACGUACAUUGCUGACGAGAGCUGGAGCCUUGGAUGGUGAGGCCGCGGAGGAACAGACAACGAGUAGUUUGCAUCUCUGAACAUAGCUGCAGCCGAUCAACAAAAAUAUUAUUGUCGACAAUUAUCACAAGACCAAACGGACAGAUGAG